AUGAGAAUCGAUAGUGUAUCAGGUAGUGUUAAAAAAACAGUAACUUCACCAGUUAAAGCCCAACAUUUUAAUAAGAUCAGCAAGCCAACAUCGACAUCGACAUCACCAUCAUCAACAUCAACAUCAACAACAACAUCAAUUCCAACAAUGGUUAAAGAUAAUUCAUUUAGAGCUUUAGAUACAUUAAAUAAAAGAGCCCCAACUGCCCCAAGUAGUGAUCCAGUUAAUUCAUCAAUUGAAGUUAAAUCAUUAAGAUCAUUCUAUGAACAAUUAUCAAAUAAAAAUAAACCAACUACAAAUACACUCAAUAGAACAACAGCUGCAACUGCACUUAAAAAAGUAUCACCAAAGAAAGCCACCAGCACAGUUACAACACCAGUAACAGUUAUUAACUCUUCUCAAUCACAACAAAUAUCAGCAGCUAAAAGGUUAUCAAUUCAAAAGAAGCAGCAAAAGAAAGAACAAGAAGAAAGGGAAUCUCAGUUAAGGGAAGAAAAAGAACAAGAAGAAAAAGAACAAGAAGUAAAAGAGGAGCACGGAGAACAAGAACAAGAAGAAAAUAAAGAAAAUCAAAAUAAAGAAAACAUUAUUGAACAACAACCAACUAAAUAUCAUGGUACACCAAUUAAAUCAAUUCAAACUAUUAUUCCAAAGUCUCCAAGCAAAGAUUCUCCAAUGAGACUCCACGAUUUAAUGAAGUCCAACGAUGGUAACAAUAGUAGUGGCAAUAUUGGUAGCAAUUCGACCACACCUAGCAAAAUUGGUGAGAUGGCACAAAAGCUUAGAGAAACUGUCGAGGUUUAUAGAAAUAAAAUUUCAAGUCUCGAAGAAAAACUAGAAAUUACAGAGGUAGAAAAUAACACACUUAAACAACAACUUCAACUUUUAAAACAACAAUACAGUAUUGACACAUGCUCAUUAAUGGAUAUUAUUAAUGAACAAGAUUCAAAACUUCAACAAUUAAUUCAAGAGCAACAAGAAAAAGAAAACAAACAAAAGGAAAAAGAAGCUAAUAAAGAGGUUGCCGAUGAACAAGAAAGUAUAAUUGAAAGAGAUCAAAUGGAAUCGUCAUCAUCAGACAAUGAAAGUGAGGAAGAGGAAGAUGAUAACACCGAAUUAGAAACAGAACAAAAAGAUAAGGCCAUGAAGGAUAAAGAAGAAGAAGAGUCAGAAUAUGAAUCAUCAGAUUAUGAUGAAGAAGAAAAGAAUUUAUUAAUUGAAAAAUUAAAAGAAAAGAUUGAAGAGUUAGAAGAUGAAAAAGAAGAACUUGAAAAGGAUUUAUGCGAAGCUGAACAAUAUGGUCAAGAUCUUCGUGAGGAUAAUAGAAAACAUUUAGAAAAGGUUGAAAGCUAUAAAAAAGAGAUCCAUGAAUGCCAAUCAAUGGUUAUUUACUAUAAAGAACAACUUGAACAACAGAUACUCGAUUCAGCAAUUUAUAAGAAUAAGCUCGAUGAUAAGAAUAGAGAGAUCAUGAAAUAUAAAGAAAGAAUUGAAAAUUUCGUUUCAAUGAUGGAUUUACAAAAGAAAUUAAACGAUAGCGCAAUGGAUAACGAAGCACCAUUAUCAGUUCCAAUUCAAUCAAAUGCUUCACUUUCACCACUUAACCGUUCAUCAUCUAUGCAUUCACCAACUAAAUCACGUGAUAUUGUAACUCCAACUAAAUCAUUAUCAUCAUCAUCAUUAUUAUCAUUAGCAACCUCGAAUAGUGGUAACAAUUUAAUGAAAUCACUUCAACAACCAUCCGGUAUCUCAACACCAAAUAAAGUUGUUAAAAGACCAUCAUCAAUUAACACACCAUCAAAUACUUUUGGUAAAAGACAAUCAUCAACCAAUAUUACAACACCAUCGAAAUUAUCAAGUUCAUUAUCAUCAUCAACUAGAUUAUCCUCAUCAUCUUCAAGAAACUCAACAGUAUCAUCUUAUCAAGCUACUGGUAAAUCUAGAACCCCAAGAAAAGUUAUUCAAAAUCCAUCUAGUUUUACUGAUUACAUUUAA